UCAGAGCUUAAUGGCCAAUCCCUAUGUAGAGCGCCAAGCUUCUCUCCCACCGUCAAUAAACAUGGCGGAGACAGACGCCGAAAUUGUGUUCAAAAAGGACACCGUCAGCAAACUCUUGACAAGUUUCUUCAAGGAGGAUAAGACGAGACUUGGUGGUGAUGCGACGCUUCUCAUGGCAGAUAUGCUCAAAAUAUUUGUCCAAGAGGCUGCUGUGAGGUCGCUGAAACAAGCCGAAUCUGAGGAUUGUGACCAAGUAGACAUCGAGCACUUCGAAAAGAUCCUACCUCAGCUGCUGCUGGACUUCUAGCACCCCGACGCCACAAGAUGGAGCCAGAGCGUUGCCUGCAUGCUCCUUCUUCAACGCUACAACUUCAGUUCCCACAAGUUCACUUUUUAUUGAUGUUUAUAUUUUCUGUAUAACUGCAAUUUUUCAUAAUCUCAUAAAUCUGAGAUUAAAUUAA